CUUGAACCGUUCAGAGGGAGAGCAUAACACACAAUGAAAGCCUCCAUUCUUUCGGCUUUCUCGGCCGUCUUUCUGACGGUAGCCGGUUCCCAGGUAAUACGACAACAGCUGCCACCGGUGGACCCGCGGCUCCCACAACUGGAUCUCUCUCGCUUCGAGGUUCCAAUUGAUCUGAGAGAACCAGAAGAUGGCUUGAAGCUCGAGGCACGUAAGGAUGCACCUACAGUAAAGCUGGAAGAUGGGUCCAUAAUCACAGGCUCAGUUCUUGCCGACGUCGAAUCUUUUAAGGGCAUCCCCUUUGCGGAACCCCCACUGGGUGACCUGCGCAUGAGGCCACCCGUACGACUUGAAAAGCCGCUCGGCAAAUUCGAUGCCUCGAUGCGCAUUUCACCGCAAUGCCCACAGAUGUUCUUCUCCUCCUCAACCGGCCGUAUGUUGACGCAGGUCAUUGGGAAUCUGCUCAACAAGGGGCUUUUCCAAAAGAUCCUGGAUUCUACCGAGGACUGCUUAAACAUCAACGUGCAAAGGCCUAAAGGUGUCAAGGCUGGUGACAAACUGCCCGUACUGUUCUGGAUUUUUGGCGGUGGUUUCGAGCUUGGUAGCAAUGCAAUGUACUCUGGCACGCCGAUCCUUACGAGGGCAAUGGAACAAGGCCAGCCCUUCAUUUUCGUCGGGGUCAACUACCGCGUAGGAGGCUUUGGCUUCAUGCCAGGCGAGGAGAUCCAGGCCGAGGGCUCUGGAAACGCUGGGCUGCUGGACCAGCGCAUGGGCAUGGAAUGGGUUGCCGACAAUAUCGAGGCUUUCGGUGGCGAUCCCGACAAGGUCACCAUCUGGGGCGAAUCUGCCGGCGCCAUCUCGGUAUUUGACCAGAUGGCCCUGUACGACGGCAACGCUACCUACAAAGGCAAGCCGCUCUUCCGCGCCGCCAUCAUGAACUCUGGCAGCAUUAUCCCUGCUGAUCCCGUCGAUUGUCCCAAGGGCAGGGAGGUUUACAACCAAGUCGUCAAAGCGGGUGGUUGCUCGGGUCGAUCCGAUACGCUGAAAUGUCUCCGCGAACUCCCCUACGAGAAGUUCCUUAAGGCAGCCAACGCGCCUCCUGGCCUCCUGAGUUACAACUCGGUCGCGCUAUCAUACCUCCCCAGGCCCGACGGCAAAGUUCUCAGGGCCAGCCCUGACGUUCUACUGCUUGGGCAGAGAUACUAUCCCGUCCCCAUGAUUAUCGGCGACCAGGAGGAUGAGGGUAGCAUUUUUGCCCUCUUCCAGCACAACCUCACCAACACUGAGAUGCUCGUCGGCUAUCUCAAAGAAAUCUUCUUCCCAGCAACCGAUAUUCAAAAAAUCAAGGAUCUGGUAAAAUCAUACCCCGACGACCCGCGCGAGGGCUCGCCCUUCCGCACCGGUAAAUUGAACCAGGUGUACCCUCAAUUCAAGCGUCUCGCCGCCAUCCUUGGUGACAUCACCUUUACCCUGACGCGCCGGCUGUUCCUCUUCGCCUCGGCGACCCUGCACCCAGACGUCCCGUCGUGGUCCUACCUGUCCAGCUACGACUACGGCACCCCCAUCGCGGGAACCUUUCACGGCAGCGAUCUCCUGCAGGUCUUUUACGGAAUCCUGCCCAACUACGCCAGCAGGACCACCGUCUCGUACUACACAAACUUCCUGUACAACCUGGACCCCAACGAGGGCAUCAAGGUCCAGCACUGGCCCAAGUGGAUGGAGAACCAGGAGCUGCUGAACAUGAAUGCCAACGAUGCCAAGUUGAUCCCGGACAACUUUAGAAACGAGAGUUACAACUACCUGCUGGCCAACUUCCUCAGCUUUUACAUUUAAAAAGAACAAGAGAAAACUGGGGGAAUUUGUCAUUGGAAUCUCGCUUGUUGGUGGUACGCCUUUUUUGCUCAAAAACUUUUUUUUCCCUUUUCCGUUUCUUGCCAUGGCAUCUCAUUGAUACCAGUCGCUUUUUGC